AUGGAAAAUAAUACCAGACGAUUCGUUACUGACGAGCAGCACGAGAUGUUUUACCGGGCUCAAGUACAAAAUCGAGUUUAUAAAAGAGAAAUAGUUGAGUUAGACAGAGAGAUCGUGAAACUACAAGUAAUGAUGAAUACUAAAGAGUCAUCUGGUGUUAGUGAUAAUGAACUUAAUGAUAUUUUCUUCACAAACGUUCAGAUGAACUUCCCUCACAGUCCAAAUUCUGCACUUCUGAUCCAAGCGAAUAAAAGAGAGUCAUCGGAAAGUGACGUCAGUCAACCCCAACGAAGGGAAAACGCCAAAGGAGGUUUCAAAAGACAGUCUAUCCAGAUCAGUAAGAUGUGCACACCAGAAGAGCAGGUCCAUCAGAAACGUAGUUCAUGUUUAAAUCAGGAUAUCACUGUGGGUAGUUAUCCCUCUUCUGUGUACAGUCUGGAGGAGAGCCUACCACAAAACAAACAUCAAAGACGUUCUGGCCAUUUGAACGAUGGAGUUAAUCACGUGCUCUGUUUCUCCAAUUACACAUCUGAUUUCAUGUCUUCACAGGUUGACAAUCGUGUAAAUGGUAGCCCUUCUUCUUCCGAUACCAUCGGUGACGACACUUGGACAACAGCGCCCCCUAACUUUAGUUUACUCUCCUCCUCAGACGACUGUUUUGAAUCAACUAAAGAAACGUUUGCCGAGAUAAAUGUGUCUCACGACGUUGGUUCAACAAGUAGACCGUUUAGUGAUACAGAAGGAUGGGGUAGAAACCCUCAAACAGCUAGCUGACGAAAAAAGACAAAAAGCUGAAAAGCUUCAAGAGGAAUUACGGAAACUGGAGAGAGAGUUGAUUCUUUUGGAAAUCGACCAAUCACACGGUGUCGAUUUGUAACAGAAAAUUCAAAUAUCACGUCCAUCUAUACCUUAACAUUCUAUACAUAUCAAACUAUUUUAUUACAGGAUCAAAUGUUUCCGGCUUUUGUAUAUAAUAGCUUUUCUACUAACUGGUCCUUCUAAAGUUUCAAAAGAGGUGUCUUUGGAUAAAACACAGCGUCAAUCAUAGCAGUACUGAGAGGUUUGCUUUGUGAAUAAAGCCAACACGGGAUUUAUUC